AUGGAUAUAACAAGACUCGAAGGACCUGAAUUCGAGUGCUUUAUGUGCUCUUAAGGAUUUAAUUUGCAAUUCAAGGUACCAUACUUACUGCCAUGUGAACAUUCAGCCUGUCAGGAAUGUUUGAAAGAGCAAGUAGAGAGAAUGAAGAGACCGAUAGAGUGCCCUUACGACUAAACUAUAAUUAGUGAAAUUAGACAGGUUGUUCUUAACUCAGACCUCAUUCAGAUACUAGAGAUAAUAGACUCUAACAAGAAGAAGUCAGUGCUCUCAAGCAAUAAUUUCCUGCAGUUAGGGCCAAGUAGUUUGGGGCUAGGCAACUAGGCUAGUUCGGGUGGCUCUGCAAAUGCUUCUCACUCUCAGAAAUCAGCAAGAAGACAGGAAGAGAAUGAAAAGUUUCAAGAGCUGGAAAAGACAAUUCUAAGAUCACUAAAGGAAUCAUUUGCUCUUCCAGAAGAGAUCAAAAACGGAGGCAACAAUAGAGGCAGUUCUGACUCUCCUAUCCAGCUUAAAUAUGAUAACUUAUAUCAGCAUAAGUUCGAAUUGAAUAAGUAAGCAGCAGACAUAUCUCAGUUUAGAGACGAACUAAAGAUUAAUGAUUCUGAGAGUGCAUCCACAUAGUUUGGUAAAAGUCUAGAAUUUGAUAGAUUGAUGUCUAUGAAAAGAAAAGAGCCGAUCCUCUAUGAUGAAGACGACUCUGUUUUAGAAGAUGAAAUUAUGAGAAAUCCAAUGAAUAAUGAAGCUAGGAGACUUGAAGAGAUCACAAAGCUUAAAGAACAAGCUUAAAUGAAAGAGCAAGCACUGAGCAAAUACCAGAGAGGUUCGACUUUUAAGCAAGUUUAAAACGUCAAGAUUAAUCCCUAUGAUGGGCACGACAAGUCAGGCAGACGUAUGAGUCAUAUGAUUUAGGUUGUUGGAGGUCCUAAGUUCCAAGAUGAAAAUUAACUGCGGAAUAGUCAGAAUAGCCCCAAGAUGGAUACCUUAGAAAUGGUUAGGAAGCAGCCCAGUGGCAUUAGAGGAAGUAAAAAGUUUGGCAAAAUAGAGGAAAUUGAGGAAGAAGAGCAGGAUGAGUAUCAAAGCUCUAUGUACCCUUCAAAUGCCUAUAUACCAGCUGGCCCUGAUUAAUCAUCUGGAUUUAGAGAACUUGACGAAUAGAUAAGGAAGAGCAUGGCAGAAAUUCAAGAAACUUUGAGUGGUUAGAUUGAAACUGAUGAAGUUCAUAGUGGUAACAGACAUAAGAAGAAAACAAGAGUAUAAUACUCUCCAACUAAUGAGGAACUUGAAGAAGAGAAGUAUUUAGAAAAUGCUUAGAAAAACUAAAAGAUCACCUUGCCUUCUAAGAUUGAGUACAUUCAAAACUUUGAACAGAGUUAAUCACCUCCAAAGGCAUCACCAAGAGUUCAGGAUGUAGAUUAGCAAGAGAAUUCUAUUGAGCUAGAAAAGGAAAAUCCGUAAAAAAUUGGAGAUAAAGUACGAAUGGAAUAAUCAGAGGCAAAUCUGUUGAAAAAGAGAUUCUAGCCUACUAACGAUGUCAUCAUGGAGCAAUCAAAUGAAGAUACUAAGCAUUUAAGUCAUUUAGACAAGCUAGAAUUAUCAAAAGAAGGGGACAGCCACAAAAAUAUGAGAGGCAGUAAUAGUAGCAUUCCUAGAAAAUCAGUUUAAUACAACCCACCAACUAUGAAUAUAUAAUAAAAUUAGGAGCCAGAAGACUAGACCUAGUAUGAAAGCAUUAUGCCAGUAUAGAAAAGCGGUAGAAGAUCUAAUAAAAACACCACAAAUCAGUAGGAGACUCAUGAGCAAAGUGCAGAUAUGUCGGUAGCUGAUUAUACUAUGGUAGGUGGCAAGAAAAAGAAGAAAAAGAAAAAAAAGAAGAAGAAGAGAGGGGCAAACAAUGAAACUAUCAUUAGUGAAGGAGAUGCCACUAUGAUCAAAGAGAUUCCUGAUAAACCACCAACACAUCCUUAGAGUCAGAAUCACCUGAACAAGAACUAGCAAGACAAGUUAGAUGAAAAGUAACAUAGAUUUGAAGAAGAGAUGAAGGAGGUUAUAUAAGCUGAGUUAGAAAAAAAUCAAAUCGAAAAUUUAAAGAGGAGUUUAGAACAGCAAAUGCCUUUUAUUGAUAACUCCAGAAAAAGCAACAGUACUGCAAAUUUAAAGAAAAGGUAUUCCAAUGAUAAGGAAUAUGAACCAAUUAAGCUUUAGUUGCAUCAAUAGGAAUCGAUUUCUCAAAAACAGUUUUCAAGAUAAAACUCGUAAACUCUGCAAAAAGCUGGACAAGAUAUUAUGAACUCAUCAAUGAAGUUUGAACUAGAUAGAAUAAACUAAGGAAUAUUUGACAAUUAGAGCAUCAAGAAUAUGCAAAGGCCUUCAGAAAUGCAGUCAAACUAAUCAAAUCAUAGACUACCAAAAUCACCUUCAUUUGUAUCUGAGAAAGGGCUCUAUGCUCCUUAGGGCUUAGGUUUGCCCAUAUAGUCUUAGAUGCAGCUGCCAGUAAUCGAUCAUCACAGACGAGAUUCGGCAUAGUCUAGUGAUAUAAGUUUGCCUGAAACCAACAGGUAUUUUUAACACUAACAAGUAAUGAUGAGCGAAGAUUAUAAGGCACCUCUGCCAACCUAAUCUUAGUUUAAGACCAUUAAGCAACAGCAAAUGCAUGAUAAAAUUACUGCUAAUUUACAAAUUGAAAAAGCGCUAAGUUCCUCAAUGCUUCAGAUGAAAUGUGACUUGCAUCCCUAAGAGGUUAUCAAAUACUUUUGCAGAGACGACCGAGUUGGUUUAUGCCCAGAAUGUGUAGUUCAUCACGCCAAGCAUGACUUUGUAUUUGCUGACGAGGGGGCUGCUUACGAGGUGAGACAGCAGUUGAAGACUCUCACAAUAAGCGUUGAUGGCAGACUAAAUGAAUAUACUUCAGUCUACAAUGAAACAGACACCAAGUUAAAGGAAAUGGAGAAAAUGAAAGAGGAGGAAUUCUCUAAGGUUAAGUAUUUCUUCAACGAAUUGCAUCGAAUGCUUGAGUAAAGAGAAGAGGUCAUCAAGAGGUAACAAUUAAUCUUAUUUAAAUUCCAUCUAACAGAUAAUAUGUGGAGGCCAUCAAAGAUAUACAAGUCUUCCUGCAGCAAGAUUCAGUCAAACUGCAAAAUAUCCAGGCUCAGCUUGAGCAGAUCAAAUAGCAAAUAGAUAAGCUUCACAGAGGCUUCGGUAAACAUUUCAUCUAUUCAUAUUCAUUCAGAGAGAGCGACUGAUGCAGCUAUCGUAGGAAGCAGUGACCGAAUAAAAAACAUUUCAAAGAGCUAUUAGAACUUCAGCACUAAGUUGUUCAACAAAAACCCACCUAGAUCAUUCACAGUUAGAACCAGAGAUAUCCCAACUAUUCCUACAUUCAACAUCAAUCUAUCCCAGACUAAGAGAUUCAUUGAUAAUCUUGGUGCAUUGCAGCAGCCUGCUUAAUUCAAAGAUUUGGGGUUCAUACAUGAUCCAUUUAUGAAUAUGAAUCAAAUCAACGACAUCGAUUUGCCUUACCCUGAGAAAGAAGUUAGACUUAUUCAAGACAAAAGCAGAUAGAUCGCAGCAUUGAUGCAAUAAAAAGAAAACUCAAACCCAGCAAAUAUCACUAUCUAAAAUGAUAAAAUGCUAAACGCAUCAUAGUAGCAGAUUACUAAGUCACAGCAUCUGUAAUAACUAUAUCAGCAAAUGCCUUCAACUGAGCAUGUAUACUGGCCUAAGUGGGAUACCUAUGAGAUCUUUAAAUUUGACUUCUUUAAUCACCAAUGGAUGCUUUUGCCCAACCAUCGCCCCUCUUCUAAAUUCCUAUUUUUCUCUUCAGUUGCCCACUUGCCAAAGCAACUCGGAAUGUUUAUUCUUGGUGGUAGUGACUCGGAUGACAACUUUUCCAAGAGAACUUUACUGUUUUCUAGAUACUAGAAAUUCGUGGAGAAACCCCCUAUGAUUUAUAAAAGAGCAUUUUUCCCUUCAUUGUUUUGUCUAUCUGAUUCUUGUCUUUACGCUUUUGGAGGUCAUGAUGGCGAAAAAGAUCUUAAUUGCUGUGAGAGAUAUUCCAUAGCUGAAAAUGUAUGGAGAUAAGUCUAGCCAAUGAACUGUUAAAGAAACGGUGCAAGUGUAGUGGCUUUUGACAAAGUAAUAUUUGCUUUUGGCGGAAACAAUCAAGAGUAGGGAUCACUCGAAUCAAUUGAAAGAUAUGCUGUUGAAUUUGAUAAAUGGUCUCUGAUUAUGCUUAAACUGAUUGAGCCAGUCCACGAUACUAUAGCCUUUAAUAUAGGCGGAGGAAGAGUCUUGAUAUUUGGAGGUUCCCUUGAUGGUUAGCCCAACACCAAGUAUAAUGUAUACGAUCUUACCAGUGAUUGCUUGGAUUAAAAUGAAACGCCAUUUGAAGGAGGUAAAAUAUACCUGCCUCCAGUUUACGACCCAACAACUGGCAAUCUUCACUUAUUCUAGGGUUAUGGAGACUAGGUUCUUACUCAUGACAAGAUAAAAAUGGGUGGACUAUUCUGCAAAUGCAGGUCUAUCGAAUACAAUGGGGGAGCCUCUGGACAUUAUCAUCAAGCAAGUAAUCAGGUCUCACACAGACUGAGGAAAAACAGUUCAAGGGGUCGUAAACCAUCACCAUUCAGUUCAGAGGCAAAACUCAAGAAUAGUGCUAGAGGGCUCUAAAAAGAAAGGGAGAAGACUUUCAACCUCCUUGCAGGAUUGACUACCUCCAAGGCGAUAUUAGAUGGCUCUUUAUAAAAAUAAUCAGAAAGUUCCCAGAAAAAGAAGAGGGCAAGUUAUACUCAUAAUUAGUCAGUGUCACAAUAAUUUUGA